UUUUUUUUUUUUUUGCUUUUCCCCUCCGACGAACGAACGGCCUGACUGUUUGAAAUCUCUUGCCCGUGCUUGUUUUAGUGUAAAUGGGGGAGUCCUGUACACCCCUCGUAAACACUUCGGCAUUAAGGACAUAUUUUAGGGGGCACUGACAACUAGCUGGGGUACUAUCUCCGAUUGACGGGGACGUAAACAAUCUUUCUGUUGGUUGUUGCUGGCUGGCGUGUCUGCCAGCUGUUUUAAACGCAAAAUGGAGCAAGCUGCGAGCCGAUACCAAGUGUUACACAAUGAGGAAGACUCGUCCGAGGCCUCCACCAGUGCGGUGCCAUCCACCUCAUCCCAGGGGGCCUGUGCCAUCACACCCGAGGCGGCAGGUGCCUGUGCGGCGCCAGACAUGGAGUUGCCACCGCCUCCCUACGACAGCGUCACCCUAGGGGCCACCGCCGCACCAGAAACUAGUUUUCAGGGGGGUUUCCCCGUGCCUCCGCCAUACAGUGUUGCCACAUCUCUGCCAACUUAUGAUGAAGCGGAGAAGGCCAAAGCUGCAUCCAUGGCGGCCUCCGCUGUCGAGGUGGUGCCACAGGACGAGGAUUUCCCUCCGCGAGACGACUUCAGCGAUGCCGACCAGCUCCGGGUGGGCAAUGACGGCAUCUUCAUGCUGGCCUUUUUCAUGGCCUUCCUCUUUAACUGGAUCGGAUUCUGCCUGUCCUUCUGCUUGACCAACACCAUCGCGGGUCGCUACGGCGCCAUCUGUGGGUUUGGCCUCUCUCUCAUCAAAUGGAUUCUCAUAGUCAGGUUCUCUGAUUAUUUUACUGGAUACUUCAAUGGGCAGUACUGGCUCUGGUGGAUCUUCUUAGUUCUGGGUAUGCUGCUGUUCUUCCGGGGAUUCGUGAAUUACCUGAAAGUUCGCAAUAUGUCAGAGAACAUGGCCGCCUCCCACAGAAUGCGCUUCUUCUUCCUCUAUUAAAGAGGUUGCCACACCAAACAUUCCUCCCUAAUGUGAAAUUCCGUGAUGAUUUGCAACCCGUCAAAUGAACUGGACUGAAGCCCGAAGGGGGGGAGGAAGAAGAAGAAGAGGAGGAGGAGGGGAAGAAGAAAAAGAGAGGAAAAAAAGGAGUGCAUAAGUGCUGCCAAAAAAGCCCAGGCUUCCCUCAUUAAAAGUCAAAGAAGUGAUGCACUCCUUCCCCAAACGAGUACAGAUUAACUAAGUUAAUAUUAGGUUUGUGUAAUAUCCUUCCUUGCCUUUGUAAGCUCUUAUUUAAUUACUUGCUAUACAGAAUGGACUGAUACACACACACACACACCAACACACUUAAACACUCGCACACAUACGCACAAACACACAAACACACACACAUACACUGUCACAGUGCAACACUUUACAAUGUGGAGUGAUACUUCAUAGUAGGGAUCUAAAAUCAACUGUAGAGAAACAGGUCCUCAUUAAGAGUAUGCACCCGAGAAGUGCUAUGCAAACGGUUCGUGUCUCUUCGAAUGCGAAGAAGCAGAUCAAUGUAGUCGGUUAGUGCCCCCCCCCCCCCCCCCCCCCCCAACCUCGACCCCACUCCUGCUCGUUCCAUUUAGAACUCUGUAAGCUUUGUUGCACUGCAGUAUUCAAGUAACCUCAUGAAUAAGAGCGCUCUCUUUCUCUCUCUCUCUUUCUCUCUUGGUUUGAUCAUUGAAGCUAAUGCCAACUAAAGAUAUGUUUGCACUACAUGAGGACCUUACCCUUUCCUUCCUUAAGUUGUGACUGGCUUAUACUCUUUGUAGUGUAUCAGUAGAGCUUUGUCAAGCAGGUUUGGAAUUCUGGAAUUUGUAUUUAUCUUAAUGAAAUACAUGAGAUUUUGCCAUUUUUGCACCAUGGAUAAAUAAUUUAAUUUGUUACUUUGGAUAUUGUUAUUGUACUUACAUACAGUAUAUAGAUUAUUGCAAUCAGCUAAAACUGUGAUACUUCUUUCCCUGUCUAGGCUACAUUUUUAGUGCUUGAAAUGCUAUGAAUUUCAUCCAUUUGAUUCCACCAACAGCCUCUUCAGCAAUAUCAGAUCUUUAAUGAAACAUGUAAGUGCAUGGUUAACUUGGUUGCACUGGUUUGAAAAAAAAAAAUAGAGUCUUAAAUAGUGCAACACAGUGAUUUCAAUAUACAUUUGUAAACCAAACUUUUUGUUUUACUUUUCUGUCAGAAUUGAACAGAAAUUUUGGAGCAUCUCGAGUCUGAGAGAUGGUUGUGUGCUAUGUGUUAAUUCUCUUGUCUUGCGAAAUUGCCAAUAAAGUUCCGCCGGAACCUUG